UAAGGUAUCAUAUAUACCUUGUAUACUUUGAUAUCUAAAACGUCUGGAUAAACAGAUGUUUAUAGGUGAACUGGGUUUGGUUCUUCUCUUCGCCCGCAUCUCAGAUCAAAUUACCAGAAGUUAUUUUUAUCGGCCACGUCUUCUUCUCACACAGAACUCACUUCAGCUAAAUCUGAUAAAUAGACUCCAUCUUGGAUUUUCGAGAACUGGGGAGAAAAGUUAAGACGGAGUAAUUUUGCUCAAGAAUUGACGGGAAUUGGAAUUGAAAAUGAGGAGUUUAUUUUUAGUAUGUGCCUUGGCACUUGUGUUCGUCGGAGCCGCCAGAAAGAACCCCAGAUGCAAGGAAUGUAAAAAAGCUUUAUGUCCAAAACUUUCUCGAUCUGAAUGUCUAACAGGAAUAGUUAAAGAUGGGUGUGACUGCUGUGAUGUUUGUGCUCGCAUGGAAAGUCAAACUUGUGAUUUACCAGAACAGCCCUUUGAAAAUGGAAAAUGUGGAGAUGGCUUAAGCUGUGAAGAAACAGAAUUUGGUCAAGUUUGUGUCUGUGAACAUGACCAGAUAAUCUGUGGGACCAACAAUAUUACCUACAACAACAUGUGCGGUUUAAUGGCGGAUGCUGUCAGAUCAGGACAAACUGGAGAUAUCACCGUCUCUUUUGUUGGACCAUGUGAACCAGGAGCAAAAAUCGUCACCCAUCCCGUCUACACUAAGAACUUCACCAGUGGAACUGUUAUCUUGUCCUGUGAAGCUGUUGGUAACCCUACACCUCAUAUCGCAUGGCUGUACACCCGAGCUGAUGGUGAAACCUUCAGUAUGCCAGGUGAUGAUGAGUUUACUUUAACUGCUGCUCGAGGUGGACCAGGUAGAUAUCAGGUAACAGGUUGGUUACAGAUUGAAGGUUUGAGAAAACGUCAUGAAGGUGAUUACACCUGUGUUGUACAGAAUAAACAUAACAAAGAUAUGUCGAAAGCCAGAGUUAAAGUUGUUGAGAGAACCAAAUAAGUAAUCCAGUAAAUUAGAUGACACCGAGUAACAAUGAUAUCCAGCAUCUCUCGAAUCGUGAUAUUUUUGUAUUAACAUAAGCCUUAAUCGAAUUGUCUCUAUAUUAUUCAGUAUUAUUAAUUAAUGUUAAAGGGCUCAACUCAAUAUAUUGAUACUCAUAUAAGGUAGUAUCAAACCCGAAUGAUUCACAUUUCUAUGUGUAAUCGAACAAAUUUCAAAUGGUGCUAUUUGUAUAAUAAUGAUACUGUAAUCAAUCACUGUGGAUGUAUAUUAUAAUUUUUGUUGUGUGUUAUAGAAAAAGAAUGGCGGCGCUUGGAAUAGCGUUCUUGGCAAAUACGUAAAAUGUAGUACUUACCGUUAUAAAAGACAAAUUUACACAUUAUAUCUAAACAUGGCCAUUUAUCCCGUGUCCCUUUUGGGCUGUAACAUGCUCCCCACUACCAUUCUGCAGAAUACAAUCUCCACAACACCUUCGCCAAGGAGCUUAUCCUCGAUCUUUAAUAAAUGAAAAGAAAUAUUUUUGUCAAGAAGGUUAUACCAAGUACUGUAUCUCUUUUAUCUUAGACUGCCAUAUCACUGCCAACAUAUUUUAUGCUUGAAUUGCUUGUAUUCUGGUGUUUUUCUCUCAUGAACGUGCCUUUUAACUUUGAAACGUCCAUUUUGGUCACAAAUCUUGCCAGGGAUGUAUGAUAAUGAUAUUGUCUAUGUACUAUUUUAUUGCAUGCUAUUUGUCAUUAUGUUUAAUGCGUUAUAUUGUCGUAUUUUUAAUUGUCAUUUACUUUAAUAAAAAUUUAAUAUAUUUGUGAAAAAAAUCACUUGGAUGGGUACUUGGUAAAAACUACUCGAUCUUGUUUGAAUCGAAACUAGAGAUCGCCUUUACUAACCAAGCAAACAGCUUCAGUUUGUUUUCUAUUCACAAAAAUAUUAAAUUUUUAAAUUAUUUUAUAGGUUUUAAACGUUGAUUAAUUUCUUCGUAUUUUCUCCCAAAUGUGCCAAAAUUAUGAGAAUAUAUUUGUCUCAAGGUUCGAGGUUUCAAACAACGAAAAUCAUGUCUUCCACGUGUAACAUGUAUAUUAUAUAUUUUAUCUAUAUGCCAACUAUAUAAGUAAGUAAAUAUAUGUAUUUGUAUACACACGUUAUUUGAUGAUGUAAGUAGGUGUAGAUAGAAGUUUGUAUUUUCAAUAAAUCUGUCGGUUCUUUCAA